ACGGUCGUACGAGGUUGCAUCCUCGAGCUUGUUUGAUCUGUUGUUUACGAUAUACUUACUCUGUUAUCUCUAUUUCAAUUAACGUUGCCCUUUAAUGUUCAUGGAUAUAGCAGGAGCAAAGUUCAUAUAGCUCCCUGAGUAGUUCUCUCUGUUUUGAUUCAUUACUUGAAAAUCAAAUCAAAUUCAUAACUGACAUCUUGACUCCUUCGACGUUGGACACCUGUUGCUUUACAUCAUCAAAUCUAUCGCUUCAUCUAUAUGAGUAUAGUUCUUUUAUACUGAAAUGAGAACGGACUAUACUACCUAUUCGAAUCCAGUCCUCAUCAGAAGCAGAAUCAGUCAUUACAUUGGUACCGAUUUCCUCAAUACGCUCUUUUGUCUAAGCACCUGGAAUCAAAAUGGAGUUGGAGACGGAGACGUUCACUGUCAUGGUAACAACGAUGAUGGAUGUGGCGGGAAACGAGACUGCACCAAGCAACAUCGAAACUAUAAAGAUGGUCACAAAGGUGAUCAACAUCUUUAUCCUCGCAUUCCUGAUGAUCUCCAUGGGGUGUACAAUUGACCUCAAAGACUUCAAAGACACGUUUCGCCAUCCAGCUGGUUUCUUUGUCGGGAUGCUAUGUCAGUUCGUCCUCAUGCCCCUCAUCGCUUUCUGUCUCGGCCUUGCCUUCAGAUUAGAGAGUGCUGGAGCCCUCUCCCUUCUAAUCCUUGCCUGUUGCCCCGGGGGAACCCUCUCUAAUCUCUUUACUUACUGGACAGAAGGGGAUGUCUGCCUCAGCGUAUGCAUGACAGCUGUGUCCACGGCAGUUGCUAUCGGGAUGAUGCCCCUGAAUCUCUUCAUCUAUAGCCGAGUAUGGACAGACGACAAGGCGGUCAUCCCGUACGUCAACAUCGUCACCACUCUUAUCACCAUUCUCAUUCCCGUUGUUUUCGGGGUGUUUCUCCGCUGGUGGAAGAAGGAAUGGACCAAAUAUGUCACCAGAGUUGGAAUCAUCUUCUCUUUCAUGUGCAUCAUCGCCGCUUUCGCGCUCAGCUUCAUCUUAAACCCUACGUUCUUGCACGCUGUGUGGCAGCUCUGGUUCUGCGCCGCAUCGUUACCGCUGCUGGGUUACCUCCUCGGUUACGGCAUCGCGUUCUUGGUCCGACAGCCGCACAAGAAGUGCCGGACUAUCGCCUUCGAAACCGGCUCCCAGAACGUUUCUCUGGCCAUGACUCUGACCGUUGUAACGUUCGCGAACUCACCCUUGUUUUUCGACAUGUUAUUCUACCCAUCCCUCUACGCCUGCUUUAUCUAUAUCGAUUCGUUCAUAGUCAUUGGCAUCUACAAAGCAAUUGUCUACUGUAAGAGGAAGAACGAUCAAUUCAUGGACAUGCGUGUAAACGGUUUCGACGUCGUGCCUGGUGAUGAGGUAGAUGCUGACGAUGACGACGAGGAGGACAUCGAAAACCACCAUGACGUCAUUCGGAAUGAAGAGAAGAGGGCUUUGCAAACAGUCAGUGUAAAUAACUCGGUUGGUCGGAUGGGGGCCGACGGUGACAAGUACAAGAAGAUGUAGAAUGUAUUAUAUUUUUUGGAAUCAUUGCCCCCCCCCCCCCUCGUACCUUCUGGAUUUAACAUUUUGUUUAUUGAGUGGCGCAGAUCUUUGCUAUUGAGGUGUACAGUCUAGACAAUCAACAGGAAAAUUAUUACCUCGCGUCCAAGUUUUUAUGAAAUAGGUACAUAUACUAUCAAAGUAUGUAAUGAAGAUAUUUCAAAACCUUAACAUAAGAAACAUAUCAAAGUUCAUUGACCCUGAAUGACAUUUUGACCCUGAUUAUGUGACCUGAAACUCAUGCAAGAUGAUCAGUAAGUUGUAUACAUUUAUGUACAAGUUUCAUGAACUAGGUCUGAAUAUUAAAUUAUGAUGACAUUUGGUUAAGAUUUCAAUGUUGACGACACCGCCGGGGUCGGAAAAAACGGCACCUAUAUCCUCGCUCUGAUGGGCAGACGAGACAAAAUUUCUCUGUUCCAACUGUUUCUGUUUGUCUCGCUUGUAUAGCAGAGCGAAACUAUCGGUGCCGCUUUCCGACGGCGGCGUCGUCAACAUGAAAUCUUAAAAAAGGUUAAGUUUUUGAAAUGUCAUCAUAAAUUAGAUAUCAUAUAGACCUAGUUCAUGAAACUUUGACAUAAGGAUAAUCAAGUAUUACUGAACACCCUGCCUGAGUUUCAUGUCACAUGAUCAAGGUCAAAUGUCAUUUGGGAUCAAUGGGCUUAGACCAUGUUGGGGGGAAUCAACACAGAAAUCGCAAGCAAGGUUAAGUUUGUGAAAUUUCGUCAUAACUUUAAAAGUUUAUGGAUCUAGUUCAUGAGACGUGGACAUAGUGUAAUGGUGUAUCAAUAAACAUCCUGCCUGAGUUUUGGGUCACAUGACCAAGGUCGUUCAGGGUCAACGAACUUUGGUAAUUUUGGGGGUAAUUGUUGACUUGCCAUAAUAAGUUUUGAAAGUUUAUGGAUCUAGUUCAUGAAACAAGGACGAAAGGGUAAUCAAGUAUCACUCAUUGUUUUGCACGAGUCAUAGGUUACAUGACCAAGGUCAAAGGUCAUUUAGGGUAAAUGAAUAUUCAGUUUUGAUAUAUGAAUAUUCUGCUUUGAUAUCAUAUAGAUGGUGUUUUUGUGAGUAAUAUUCAAUAGUUUUCAAAGUCAGCUCUCCUGCUAUGUUGAAUCGCGUAAUGCAGGCGAGACUGCCAGAGGCGUUCCACUUUUAUCUUUUUUAAUCAUGAAUGGGAUUCGUGCCGCCCUUGAUAUAUUGACGCGAAAAGGAGACCUUUGAUAAAAACUGUUUAUACGUCACUAAUCAAAAGGUGCGAGGGAAAAGCACAUGCUUAAUUAUUAAUUUUAUCAUACUGACCUAAAAAGGGACGUUUGAAGAAUAUUCCUAUGUAUGAAUUCUUGAAGAGGACAUGUAUCUCUUUAAUGCAAUGAUACGAGUUCGGAUGUCCAGAUCUAAGAACUAAAGCUUUUAAGCACUUUUUAAUGGCAAACAGUAUCAGUAUCUAACUAAAUAUGUAAUGCGAGCGCGAAGCGCGAUCUGAAAUUUAUAUAGGCCUACACUCACUUGUAAUAAAAAAAGAGAAGUCUCAUCCAACUAAACAACUGAAAGCGCAAUGCACGGGCUAGCAUCUUUUUAUUAUUUAUAUACUGACAUGUGAUGGAAAAUUUUUAAAGACUGUUUCUAGGAAUUCAUCUAGAGGAUACGUAUCUCACUUAGAAAAUAAUGAGCGCGCGAAACGCAGAUUGAUUUUUAUAUAUUCAGAACUGCAAGGACACGCUUUGAGCAUUGUUUGACGUGAAAGAUAAUUAUUCUGCAGACACAUUUUGCAUCGAAUAAAUUAAGUGAAAUAUAAGCCUUCUAAGUAAUUGGGGGAUAUGGCUAUUAUGUGCCAGGCCCACCCUUAAAAUCUUAGGGGGACGUGUUCUCCUGCCCCCCCUUCCCCUUUGGCGUGAAACCCAUGAUCCUGAUUGUACAUUUAUAGUUUUCAAUUGUUCAGAAGCUUCUGUUGGGGGUCCUGGUGUAUGUCACAUAGAGCAUUUCACAUCAUCACGGGAAAAUAACCUGGAUCCAACCAUAAGAACAAACCUUUUAAACCCGAUUUGAUAACUUUAUCGACUAAUCAGUUUGAAAAUUACUUAAUAAAAUACUUUGUACAUAUGUUUCUUUUAAAACGAAGAUUCAUACUUAUUUUGGACAACUCAAAAAAGUAUUGCCAUUGCUUGCCUGGAAAUUCAUAAGUCACAUAUCAUGUACAUCGGGUAAUAGUGGUAACUCGUACUAAAUCUGGGGUGAUGAAAGUUGCGUUUUGUAUCACCUGGCAAAAAAAACCGCCUGUCAGCUAUUUUUUUUCUUCAUCUUUUUCUUCUUCUUCUCCUUCUCUUAUUUCUUCUUCUUCUUCUAUUAUUAUUAUUGAUGUUGUUGUUAUUAUUAUCACCAUCAUCAUUAUUAUAACUGUUAUUAUUAUUGUUAUCAUAAUCAUAAUUAUCAUUAUGAUCAUUGUAAUCAUUAUUUUUAGCGACGUAUUGAAAUUGAAAGUAUUAUUCUUGGCUCUGUUGCAUAAAGUAUAUUUAAUCUACGACAAAGUUACCCCGGUAUAGUAUAGUAUCCCUAUUACUGUAUAGUAUGGAUUUUACGUCUUUGCAACUAAUAUUGGAUUUUUUUUUGUUUCGAUCAUAUAAAGGUGAUCGUAAAAAAUAUAUAUAUACAAGUUGAAUGUCCAUUUCUUUCACCACCAAAGCUCUUCUUCCAAAGUUCAUGUGCAUUUGGUGCCAUCCGGUGGUUUUAUAAGCGAUUUUAGUAUCAUCUUAGACAAUAAAUUCCAUGUUUAUGGAGUGAGUGGUAUUAUUUAAGGGACAAUGCAUGGUUGGUCAUCACAUGUUGGGGUGUGAAGGUCACCCAUCGAUAUAAAAAAACCUGGAUGGGGCCCGUUGUAUCCUGCAGCACACAAGGCCUUUAAGCUACAAGAAAAGUACUCCAUGACACAAUUAACAGUAUAUGGGACCAUAUUAUCACCGUAAAACAACACACACACACCCUCUCCCACACAUACCCUUUAUACACAAGAGGAAAAAAGUGUAGAUCUUCGCGCGCUUUACCUUUUUUUUUUUUUUUUUUUUUUUUGCAACGGAUACAAAUAUUUAUGUUUAUAUAUGGUAUACAAUUUGUUUUUGUUUUAUGGAAGUGAAAUAAAUAAAUUUGAAUUUGAAUUUGAACCUUGUGGAACACUUUGAAGUGUUUCCGCUGGUCUUAAAAGAGCGCGUUGUAUAUAGCUCUAUCCAACUUUUUGAUACUGGUAAUGCCACCAUCCUAAUUAAAUUCGAGAUUCCUACUUUAUAUAUACAUGUAGCUUGGCAAUCAUUAUUUGGAAUGCAGUUUACAUACUUUUUUUAUAUUGUGAAUUUAAUGGAGUAGUAAAAUGACCUCUUAGAUUAUAAUAUGCCCUGCUUAUACUCAAGCUUAUUUAGAAAUCAUCCAGUUGAGUUAGCAUGUACUGGAAAAUGGCGGGGUUUUUUUAUUGUGGGAAGAUACUUGACUACACAUCUGAAGAAUUUUUUUAAUUUCGUCAUGUUAUGCAUGCCCUUAUAUUAUCAAUAAUAAUAAUGUAUUUUUCUUAAUUCUUUGUUUUUGAAUGCGCUUAACAUCGUGUGAGCUAAAGUCACUCGUUAUUGAGUUCGUAUAUAAUUCAGGAAAAAUGAUGAUUCAACUCAUUAUUCAUGCAUUAUUUUGAUAUACUGAAAUAAAUCUCUGAUUUUAAAUAA